AUCCUAUUUCCGUAGUUGUUUUUUGAAAAUAUUUUAGACACAAAAAUGCAGGAUUCUUGGGAAAGUGCGCCGGAGGAAAUGUGGCUGGGUCAGGCCAAGUUUGAAGCUUAUAAGCAUAAAUCGAUGCGCUAUCAGAGAGGAAGGGGUACAUGUGUUCUCUUUAUCCUUGAUUUCUCUGAAAGUAUGCGAGGAGAAGGAAUUAAAACUUUAAAGCGAGCAGUAUCAGAUAUUCUAGAUGAAUUUUCUAAACACCCAGAACUAGAUGAGAACGUUGCCGUUAUAGUUUUUGGGAAAGAGACGCAAUUUCUACAAUAUUACUCAAAUCAUUAUACGACGAUUAAUCAAAGCAUAGAAGAUUUGGAGCCGAUUGGCGCCUCUCCACUCACAGCGGCCUUUUUGCUAGCCCUGGGCGGUCUGUUUGAGGGUUCAGCUAGCACACAUGUAGUAGGAGACUUUCUGUUGCCUCCAAGGGUAGUUGUGUUUACAGACGGUAGACUUACAAAUUUUGCUGAUAACGGCGCAAAAGAACACGAAGCAGAUUUCUUCCCCAGCCAUCAAGUAUGCAUCUUGAUACAAUUACAUUCAUUUGGAAGAUGCAUGAAUACAGACAAAUUUGAUCAGAGUUAUACACCAAGGGAACAAUCUGAAAAAAAAGUCUAUCAUGCAUCAAGAGGCUUUUUUAAAUCAUAUAAAAGUUUUUGCAACCAAAAAUAUAUUUACGCCUUUAUAUGUGUUAAUGAAGCUAAUUUUUCUAUUAUUCAUUAUUUGUAUGUUUUUGAUAAGGUGCGAUGGCCUUCCGGGAGAAAAGGCAAUUAUAGAUUUGGAUACAAUGGGAAAUUCGACGUCGAAGUGUGCGACCCUUUCUCUCCGGAAGUUAAUAAAGCUGUAAAAGACCAGCAACGAGGAACACAGAGUUUCGAUGGAAUGAGUUUAAAUAAUUUAAAGGAUAAAGUAAACCAAAAAGACACUGAAAAAACUGAAAUAGAAAAUAUAGCUUUGAGUCGACCAAUUGAGAAAACAGAUAAUGCUGAAUAUAACGGAACAAAGUCCAAGCCAACACAAACAGUAGACUCAAAGAAAAGAUAUUCUAAAAUCAGAGAAAUGUCAAAUGAUCAAAAAUAUACCAAAACUAAUAAUGGAGCAGAAGACACUGUUACUGAUGAUGAUGAUGAUGAUGAUGAUGAUGAUGAUGAUGAUAUACGGACAGACUCUGUUUAUAAAAAUUCAUUUGGAUGUGGAUGUUCAGAAAGGGGUACUUCUGAUUUUGUAACAGACCCUUCGAGUUUAGACAAGCAAACUAAACACGAGAAACUCGGUGUUGGAGCUUUGGACAGUUCAACAGAAUCACAUGAUACCGAUUCAUUGAAAAGAAAAAGCUUAACAAUUGACAAGACAUUUGAUGCUUCUGAUGUGAAAAAGACGUCUUCUUCACAAAAAGGAAAUUUUGACUCGAUGACUGAGGGUGUUAUAUCGGUAGCAGGUAAUUUAAAACGUUGUUGGCAAUGGUUAGACAGCCGUGGUGUUUGGAUUGAGUAUCCAGAUGACGUUAACGAUCAAAUUAACCACAGGCUGCAACAACGCCCAAAUGCAUCUGUUGUGGUCAAAUGCAAGGAACAAAAAUGUUUUAGAAUAGUACCAUCCAAGUCAAUACAAAUCAACAUUGAAUCCAAGGAGAGACAUUCAAUUCGAUGGCAAAAUUCAAAAUGACUAAACAAUAAUUUAGAAAGUAAUGUCAUAAAAGAAAUUA